AAUAGUAUGUCGGUCGUAAAUGUGUAAAAUCGAUUGCCGCCUCCGUAUUACCUGCUAUCGGCAUAUUCUAUUUUCAAAUCGCUCGACCUGACACUUUCAGAGAUGCAAUCGCGACUCUUAUACCGUUGACGAACCCAUUGAAAAGCUUGAUUAAUUUACCUCCCGUGGUUGAUUGAGUGUAUUCUGGAAAUCAAUUUAGUUAGGAUUUAUGACAUCAUAAUAAUCGAAAUAAAUGACUAUAACACGCAUUCAAAAAGUGUGAAGUUUUCUGCCCGCUGCCAGCAAGAUAGAUAUCGCUUUGGAUAUUUUGCGAAAAGAUUUUUCUUUGAGGUAAAGUCAGCCGAAAAAGUAUGCAGUGAGAAUUCAAGUGAUGACGACGUCGUUGGUUGCUACGCGUGUUUCGGAUUUAGUGACAGCGAUUCCAAUAACUCGAAGCCCGGCCUUCCCAGUCCUAGAGGAAGUUAUGACGAAUCAUCGAUAAAUACUAAAGACACUAUGGGAUGCUCUCAAAGUGUUGCCCAGUCCCCAACAAGAUCCAAUAUUAGUCAAACAACGGAUAAACAAAAUGGGGUAGUAACGGCUGGAAAUCCACAUAAUCAACAUAGAAUAGUCGAAAAAGCGAUCAGCACCGAGUCAAGCAGCAGCGACGAAGAUCCCACAGUAAGAGCCUUGGAAGUGAAAGGAUGUGCAACAGCAAGCGACGCUGAUCUUAUAAAAUCGCAAAGAAGCGAAAAGUGCAACGACAAUGCAGGACUUGAAGAUAGGUGGAUCCGCAGUCAUUUUUCCGACAUUACAAACUCUAAUAACGCACAAGCAAAGCGUGAUAUUUAUCAAAAUGACGACUCCACUAUCAACAGCGAAAAUAAAACAAUUGCUGAUUUUCCAGAGAAAGGAUCAAUACUAGAUAUCAGAUUAAAACCAUCUCAGGAACAAUCCAUUGUUUCAACCAGCAGUCGGACACAUAGUAUCUGUUCACUUCCUGCCGAUGUUACAAAAAGGUUCAGUAUUCUGCAUUUCAAUGAUGUUUACGAACUUACGGAGCGAAAAAAGGAACCAGUGGGUGGCGCUGCUAGAUUUUCAAACCUUUUUCAACAAAUAUUCGAAGUUGCAAAAAAAGAUUGUAACGGAGAGAAACCCUUUAUUGCUUUUGGCGGCGACUGUCUCAAUCCAUCCAUCCUGUCUAGUGCCACAAAGGGAAGGCACAUGAUCGAAGUUCUUAAUCAUAUAAAGGUAAACGCAGCAGUAUUUGGAAAUCACGAGUUUGACUUCGGUGUGGAACAUGCAGCAGACUGCGCGAAAAGCAUGAAUUUCCCUUGGUUUCUUAGUAACGUCACAGAAAAAGACAACGGGGAACCUUUUGGCGAUGGAGUUAUCAGUAGAAUCAUGCCAUGGAACGGUUUGAAGAUUGGCCUCAUUGGUUUGAUUGAAGAAGAAUGGUUAGACACGUUGACAACUGUGGACAAAUCAGAGCUCUGUUUUGAAGACUACGUCACACGAGGAAACGAGCUUGCGAGUGAUUUGAAGACAAAAGGUGCAAAUCUGGUUAUCGCGUUAACGCAUAUGCGUUGGCCGAACGACAUUCGUCUUGCCCAGGAGGUGAAAAAUAUCGACAUAAUUCUCGGAGGGCAUGACCAUGAGUACGGAGUCAAACUUGUGGAUGAUUGCGUCAUAGUAAAAAGUGGCUGUGAAUUUCAAACAUUUUCCCGCGUUGAUCUGUUUCUAAAAAAUGGCGGAGACUUCGACGUGAGCGUUACCAGAUACGAUGUAACCUCCAAGAUUGAACCAGCUGUAGAUAUGGAAAAUAUCGUUAACCGUUAUAUGACUGUAUUAGAAAGGCAACUGCAGGAAUCAAUCGGACCACUAAGGACGUCAUUGGACGGGCUGUACAAACACGUGAGAAGUCGUGAAACCAAUCUUGGAAAUUUUGUCGCCGAUGUUAUGAGAAUGACAACGAGAGCAGACAUCGUUCUCAUUAACUCUGGCACUUUCCGAUCAAACACAGUUCACAGUGAUGAAGAGUUCCGCGUACGAGACCUCAUGUCAAUCCUUCCAAUACACGAUAACGUUGUCAUUCUAGAGGUCACGGGUCAACAGCUUUUACGAGGCUUAGAGAAUGCCGUUUGUAAAUACCCAAGACAUGAAGGAAGAUUUGCUCAGGUCUCUGGGUUUUGUUUCGGAUUCGAUCCUAAAGCAUCUCCAGGAAAACGCGUGGUUCGCGAGAGUGUGAAGAUCCACGGGGAACCCUUGGACUUGGAAAGAUUUUAUAAGCUUGCUACUAAAGCUUAUGUGGCAAGAGGGCGAGAUGGAUAUGAAUGCUUUCGUUCGUGCAGGCUUUUCAACGAUCCUGACAGUGGCCCGAUCGUAUCGACGGUGGUAAGGAAUCACAUUUCCAAUGUGGCUCAAUUGCUCAAACAUCAAGAAAGAACAGGAGAAAAGCUGAGGGUCACUGAAUGUGGAAAAAAAAUUAUAUCAGCAAGUGGGCAUUUACACGAAGUAUAUUCGGCUAGCUUUGAAGAUUCACCAGUUCAUAAACUUCAGAAAUCAAUGGAGGACAUAUUACCAAAAGACCUCGACAUAAAUGGCAACAGAAAACGACGCGACAGUGAGCUUUCAAGAAAGCGCGAUUUUGUGAAUGAUGUCAGUGACGCACUCUAUGAUAGACGAGCGAUGCAUAUGCAACAUUUGCUUGAAAUAAACCGCGAUGGGAUAUUUGACGAGUCGAAAAAAAUAACCGAUUCUUUUGAGGUGAAACGGAGAGAAGCAAUUGAAGGAAACAGAAAUAAUUUUAAACUUUUAAAAGAACGACAGAAAAGUUAUGAAGAUGUAAGGUGGCAAAUUUGGCCACUGGUGGAAGGCAGAAUUUUUCACUGUUCCAAAAAAUAAAUUAAAAAUAUUAUACAUUCGUAUGGGUGACAUCAUUAUAUUGGGGACUGGUAUUACCAAAAUAAUCAUGUAAAUGAACAAAGCAAUACAUUUUUUCUUUUACUUUCAGCAGGGCACUACAAAAUGAUACCUAUACAUUUAAGUCUUAUGUUUUUGCUUUGUAUAAAAGUCAUAAUUAAUAAGACCCAGUCGGACUUUUCAUUCCAGAGAUAAGAUUGGUUAUUUAACAAAAAAUUCCAAUUUACAAAAAUUGAUUGACGAAUACUUUAAUUAGCAUAACGCACCUAGUCUCAUUAUGAUUCUCUUUGAAUUUUUUUAGCCCCGGCGAAGUCAGCAACAUUAAGUUAUGAAUACGCCCUUACAGAUUCUAUUAAGUUUUUACAUUCAAUUAUCCACCAACAUUGUUAAUAUUUGUAAAUAAUAGAUUAUAUUAUAUCAGAUUUAAAAUCAAUUUUAUCAACCGUUUUCAUUAUUUUUUGUUUCACUUUCUUGCAAUUCACUGUGAGCUAUUGUUCUCAUAAUAGAACGUGCAAAAUACAUCUAUGCACUACAACUUGG